AUGGAGUGUUACUACAUUGUCAUCAGCUCCACGCGCCUCAGCAACGGGCACUUUCGCAACAUCAAGGGAGUUUUCCGAGGCCCUCUCGGCAAGAACGGGAACAAAACUCUGGACUAUGCUGAGAAAGAGAAUACCAUUGCAAAAGCUCUGGAAGACUUGAAGGCUAAUUUUUACUGUGAACUCUGUGACAAGCAGUACUACAAGCAUCAGGAAUUUGACAAUCACAUUAAUUCGUAUGACCACGCUCACAAACAGAGGCUCAAAGAACUGAAACAAAGGGAAUUUGCUCGAAACGUAGCAUCUAAGUCCAGGAAGGAUGAAAGAAAGCAGGAAAAGGCCCUCCAACGCCUGCACAAGCUGGCCGAGCUGAGGAAGGAAACUGUGUGCGCUCCUGGAAGUGGCCCCAUGUUCAAGUCAACAACUGUUACUGUGAGAGAAAAUGGUAAUGAAAUUUCCCAAAGUGUUGUGGAUUCAGUUAAUAACCAGCAAGAUUCUAAAUGUACUCUGAUUCAUAGCGAAGAGCAUACUAAAGAUGUCACCAGAGUUGUUGCAGAUUCUGAAAACACAAAGUGGACAUCAAAAAGCAACCCACUUGGGGACCAAGCCCAGGGAAUUCACAGACACAAGAUUGGCUUUUCUUUUGCAUUUCCAAAGAAAGCAUUGGUAAAGCUGGAGUCCUCCGCAUCGGCCUUCUCAGAAAGCAGUGAUGAUGCCUCAGUGGGAAAAGAAUUUAGCAGAAAAAGCAGGUUUGUUCCCAGUGCCUGUCAUCUACAGCAGUCUUCACCAACAGAUGCUCUCUUGAGUUCUGAGGAGAAAGCUAACUCACCUCACCCAGCAGAGGCAACGAGCACUGCCAAAGAAACUGCUCAAACUCAAGAGAUGAAAGACGUCUCUGGUGAAAAGGAUGUGCUUUUAUUACCUUCAUUUUGCCAGGUACAACUCCCUUUAUGUUCGGAUGUAGACAACUGCAAAACUUCACUCCCAUUAGCAGAUCAAAUCUCACUGGAAGAUAUUAUUGUCGGUGAAGCGGUACCUAUAAGCGGUAAUAGUUCUGAGUUGUUAGAGAAUAGAUCUACAAUUGCUGAUAUGUCUAAUGAUUGUGUAUCUGUGCAGACUCCUGCAGAAGAAAAUGUUAAGAAUAAUGAUGCAUCCACCAUUGAAACUGAAAAUAAAAAUGGUAUGGAGAUGCUGGCCCCUACAAAUACUGAAGUGGAUAACAUAACCUUACCUAAAAAAAUGGAUCUAUAUAAAAGACAGUCUGAGCCAUUCGUCCCUGUGCUUAAUAAACAUGGAUCCACAGUUCUGCCAUGGCCAGCAGAAAUGCUGGUUUACACAAGGACAGAACCAUCCAUUUCCUAUAGCUGUAAUCCUCUCUGUUUUGACUUCAAGUCCACUACAUUAAAAAAUAAUCCUGAUAAAAAUAAGCUGUCUAUAAACAGUCCUUGUUCUCAGCAGAAGGAAGAGGACGUUUGCAAGCAACCAGCUUCAGACUGCAAGGACCUGUCUGUGGCAGGAUUCACAGACUGUGACGCUGGUGGCACAGAAAAUGAAUUCAGCCAGAUUGCUCCUGUUUUGCCCAUCAAUACUCUCUCCAAUAUAUGUGACUCUGGAAAAAGUGACAGUAUGGGUCAGAGCCCUAGAAAUAUUUCCUGUAGAAUGAGGAAAACAGAAAAAUACAACUUCACUAAGAAUCACAUAAAGCAAGACUGUGUAGAUGAGAAAUACAGCAAAAUAAGGUUGAAGGAGACUCAUGAACGUUGGUUCCAUAAAAGUAGAAGAAAGAAAAAAAAGAAGUUCUGUCAGCAUCAUCACCACGGGGAGAAAACCAAAGAAGAAACUCACUGCAAAAUGGAAAUGGAAGAUAGUGCCACUGAUACAACUAGGAAAAAUGUAUUGGAAACAAUUUCAGAAAAACAGUGUUCAGCUGCAGAGAAAUUAUUAGACUCACAUCAUUUACCUGAUAAAAGGCCUAAGUCAGCAUCUGAAUACUUAGGUGAAAAUGAAGAAAUGUGUAACAUCUGGAAGACUGACUACAGUACUAGCAAUACCAUCAGUUCUAAAAACUACUGCAAAAAGAACACAAUGCUUUUCAAUGGACAAUCAAAUCCAACAAUGAUACCUUCUGGGAAGCAGAACUUAACAUAUUCCAGAGCUUACUGUUGUUGGAAAGCCAGACUGUCAAGCUAUAGUCAGGACGGAAGAUUCUUACUUCCUCAAAACGACACAAAAUGCGUGAGUCGGAAUCAGCCUGUUAAAAGAGGUUACAAUUCUCUCAUGAAUGAAUCAGAACGAUUCCACAGAAAACGCAGACAACAUUCGCAUUCUUACUCUUCCGAUGAAAGUUUAAAUAGACAGCAUUAUUUACCGGAAGAAUUCUUGAGGUCAGCAAGUGCUUCCUUUGCUCCCUGUAAGCCUAAAAAGAAACGAAGAAGGAAAAGAAGCAGAUUUCACAUGGGAGGUGAAACUUUGGAUGUUAAUGAAAGUGCAGAUUAUUCCAUGGAAAGGAGUCCUUCUUUAAAUCACCUGGGCGGGUCCAUAAGUGAAAACAAAAAGGAAGGAAUAAAACCACAAGAAGUUGCAAAGGCUGAGAGGAACUCGGAACAAACAGUCCAAGAAGACAAAUUGGCUUUAGAGCCUAGCAACGUCCUUCCGUCUGAAAGCAGUGGUGCAGCUGAGCAUUUAGUGAUGGAGACCAAUUCUGAAGAAUGGUCAGAGGUUUCCAGCGAUCCUGCCACAUCUGUGCAUGUAGUUCAUCCCCCAACAAAAGAAACAAACGACACCGCCCCUCUUGAACACCAAGAAAGAAGUGAGACUACAAAUAUUAAUGAAAAGCCAAUUCCUUUCAAGGUGACUCAUAUUGAAAGGAACUAUAGGCAGUCUCAGCCUAAAUCCUACCUUUGCCACUACGAACUGUCCGAGACCCUUCCCCAAGGUAAGAUGAACGAGGCCCCCAGAGAGUGGCUGUGUUACAAUUCAGGACUCCUUAACACACAACCACCGUUACCAUUCAAGGAAGCACAUGUCAGCGGUCAUACAUUCAUUACAACCGAGCAAAUUCUGGCUCCGUUAGCAUUACCAGAGCAAGCAUUAUUGAUUCCACUGGAAAACCACGAAAAAUUCAAAAACCUACCUUGUGAGGUCUACCAGCACAUUAUACAGCCCAACGUGCUGGCCAACAAGGUCAAACUCAGCUUUUCCCCAGCUCCCCUCCCAACCCCAGCCACACCUCUGCCGCCUCUGCCUCUGCAGCCGCCUUUGUGUUCUACCUCUGUAACCACCAUCCACCACACUGUUUUGCAGCAGCAUGCAGCGGCUGCUGCAGCUGCCGCCGCAGCGGCCGCUACAGGAACCUUUAAAGUGCUUCAGCCACACCAACAGUUUCUCUCCCAAGUCCCAGCUCUCUCCAGAACAUCUAUACCUCAGAUCUCAGUGGGACCAGUCGGACCCAGGCUUUGCCCUGGGAGCCAGCCCACCUUUGUAGCUCCUCCUCAGAUGCCGAUCCUUCCGGCCUCAGUUCUCCAUCCUGGUCACCUGACUUUUCCACCCCUACCCCAUGCACUCUUUCCUUCUCUGCUUUCUCCACAUCCGACUGUCAUCCCUCUGCAGCCGCUCUUCUAGUCUUCACCAUCACGCUGAAAGCAAAUGCUCGUGUGGAAACUCUAGCUCUCUGAGUAGGUGUUCCGCCAACCAAUACCUGGCCAUUCAGUCGAUGGAAAUAAACUGGCCUAAGUAUGGCCUCAGUGAUUUCAAAUCACUCGCUGUAAGUUUAACGAUGCAAAUAAAUUCUUAUGUUACGGAUAUAUAAUAUUGUUAAAGCACUAAAUAGUUUGAAAAUCAACACAAUAUAUGCUGUAUAUUAAAAUGAUGUCUUAAGAGUAUGUAUAAUGUACAUAAACUAUAUUUAUAGUAAUGUAAUUUAUGUUGUAAAGUAUGCUCCUUGGUUCUUUUCUAAUCUUUGUGUAUUUGCAUCUAUUUAAUGUUUAGACAAAGCUGAGGGCACUAUGUUUUGUACCAUGUUCCUGGAAACUGUAAAUUCUGUGAAAAAAUACCUU